AACGCCCCGAUCUCGCUACCGGGAGGCCAGUUUUUUCCCCCCAGUCGCGCAUCUCGCAGUGUCAACAGUAGAUAGCAGCUCGCAACUUGCCAGCUUGGAUAGGCGAUAAAUCUGGCCACAAUUCGGAUCCACGCAAUCAUCUGUUUUCUCGCUGAUUGUUGUUUGGUUUUUUUUUGUGUUAUUCAAGUAGAUGAAUUCUUUAAGCGGUGUUUAGGUGGAACCUGAUGUUUCGACCUAAGGCUCCACCAAACACCAUGCGAGAGCGCCACAUACAGACGGAGCAAGUGCUCAACCAAGCCAUCAAAGGUCACGGUGACUCUAAACCCGAACCCGGAAGUGGUUCCAGCCCGAUGACGUCACAUCCGUCCAGCCCACCGGAAGCCAAGCGCGGCAGCUACACCACCUCGAUAUUCAUCGCCGGCAGCGCCACCGGAAACAGGCAUUCUGUGAGCCGCCAUGACACUCCAAGCCAGCAGACGACUGUCAAACAAAAUGGCGCCCCUUCCGUCCUACAGAGACCCGCUUCACUGCCAAACGGCAACGUGGGGGAGCAUUCCGAUAAAGAAAUACGUACUCGAUUAUCGGAAAUAUCGAUACCUGACAUGAAAUCGACUAUACACACACACGCAAGUUAUUCACAUUCGGGAAAAGAUACAGACGGUUCCAUAACGACAAAAAAUGUCAACAAAAGUUCAGGGCCACAAGUUCAAGGUCAUAAUGGUUCAACUCACCCCCCGGGCAAAGACUUGACGGUCAAUGGUCAUGAUCAACACGCACCGGAAGUCGCGGACCUAAGGCAUAAAACAAACUCGCACCACACGUACAACAUCAUCCCUAAAGCGCCCCCUAUCGGAGAGUCCCUGUUUGCCGGCCGACGAGACAUCCGCGACCCGAGCUCCGUGCACGAGCGGCAGAUCAUCAGCGCCAAAGGAACGGUCCGGGGAUUUAAAAACCGUGUCCGAGCCGGCAUCGCUACUUUCUGGGUUCAAACCCAAGAUCCGCGCAACUACCGUCUGCUGGAGCAGGGCAAGAUCGUCGUGUACGCCACGACCAUGUCGGUCGUCAGGGAGACGAGCGAGAGGUGUAAAAUUGUCAGGAGUUUGCUACAGAAUCACAUGGUCCGCUACGAAGAACGAGACUUGUACAUGAGUCGAGAGAUCCAACAGGAACUCAAACAACGGCUGAUACAGGAGGGCGUCAGUUCUGUGCAUCUGCCUCACGUCUUCGCUGACGGAAUACAUUUAGGGAGUUCUGAAGAGUUGGAGAAAAUGAACGAAGCAGGAGAGCUCCGCCCACUGUUAGAUAAUUACCAGAAAAUCACUGUGCGUAUUAUGUGCGAAAAGUGCGGCGGCUACCGUUUUGUGCCGUGCGACUACUGCCACGGCAGUAAAAAAUCUCUGCUGCGGAACCACUUCACAGAAGAGUUCUGUGCCCUUCGCUGUAUGAACUGUGACGAGAACGGCCUUCGGCGGUGUGAUAUGUGCAUUGAUCAGCAGGAGUGAUGACGUCAUCAGCAGGCAGACGACAGCCUUGGACGAUACAUUAUUUAAACUGGCUUACAUUUUUUUUUUCAUCGAUGCUGGCUUUCAGCUUGCUGAAGUAUCGUUGAAUGCGAUACUGUACUUUACUAGAUUUACUUGUGAAUAUACAAGUAUCAGUAAUCGAAGCCAACAUUGAAGUAGUCGAACUAAAGUACUCACUGAGAUAGAUGAAUCUCAUUUUUUAAGAAGUCGAAUCCAUCUUUCGCUUCAACGUUGGCCAUUGCGAAGCAUGAGAGCCUCUUAGUUUUGUAUUCAGUUUCAUCCAGUGCACUAAA